AAUGAAUUACACUGCCGGGGGAAUGAUAUUUAGAAUUUGGAAUGCUCUGGAUCUUUUGGAUCUUUGCUUUCCAUAGCUCAGACUCUCUAGAGUUGCCUCUACACCUACUGUUAGGAGCUCAGUUGUAUGUCCUACCCCCCAAAUUCAUAUGUUGAGGUCCUAACCUUCAGCACCUCAGAAUGUGACUGUAUUUGGAGAUAGGGUCUUUACAGAGAUAAUUAAGGUAAAAUGAGGCUCUGAGGGUGGGCCCUAAUCCAAUCUGAUGGAUGUCCAUAGAAGAAGAGCAGAUUAAGGACAUACGGAGAGACCCCAGGGGUGUGGGUGCACAGAGGAACGACCUUAUGAGGACUCAGCGAGAAGACAGCCUGCCCUCUGCUAGCCAAGAGGCUUCGGGAGAUACCCACCCUGCUGGCCCCUUGAUCUUGGACUUCCAGCCUCCAGGACUGUGAGGAAAUAAAUUUCUGUUGUAUAAGCUGCCCACUCGUGGUGUUUUGUUGUGGCAGCCCGAGCAGACUAGUACAUGCACCCCAGUGAGGGUGAGAGUGCCCAGCAGAGGUGUGUGUCGUGCUGAUGGCUGGACAACAGUUGGCAGUGGUGGGCCCGGUGUACCCCAUCCUGUUGGAGUCUGCAGGUCAGCAGUUGGUGCCAGGUGCGGUGCCGGCUGCCGCAAGGGUGGAAACAGUAGACUCGGUUUGUCCCUCAUCUGAUCAUCCCCAAUGGUGGAUGAAGCCCAGUCUCUUCCCGGCCCUGGGUGAGCAGUGAGCAAAACAGAUUCUCUGCCCUCAUGGCAUUGGCCAUGGUCAGGAGUGAACAGACAAUAAAAUAAGUAAAAUAUGUUACAUGUAAGAAGGUGAUACCUGCUGUGGAGAAAAACAGAGCAAGAGAGAGGCUUGGAGGGCUGGGAGAUGGGUAAUUUUAGUUUGGCUCAGGAUGGUUCCAGAAGACUCACUGAGAAGGUGAUGUCCUAACAGAGACCUAAACCUGAGCUGGAGGGAUCCCGACCUGCUCCAGAACCAGCCCCCAUGGCUGGGGACCUGCAGGAUGCUGAGGGUCACUCCUGACGGCCCAGCCAUGGUCUGUGGGGAGGAGGCUGUCAUCAGCACCACGCGUAAAAUUCCAGUUUAGAGACGUAAGCUUCAGUUCCUUCACGGACGUGGUCCUGACCCCCACGAAUUAGGAUUCCGAGUGCACCAGAGAGAGACGUGUGUGUUUUCUAUGUGUAUUUGUGUUCACAGAAAAGCACACAAAUGGAGGGCAUGCUUUAUGACUGGUCAGGGCCUUGCCCCUGACUUAGCAGCGGAAGUCUGACAGUCUCAGGCAAGCUGGCCCUGGCCCCUUCCCCUCCAGGGUCCCAGUUUGAUCCCUCCACCUUCCCCUUGCUGCUGACAGCACGUGCUUUCACAUGUGAAAACACUGUCUGAAAUGGGCUGGCAAAAGGUGUGGGCAGGCUUCUUUUAUAAACAGCCCAAAACUCCACUCUGAAAAGGAUUAAACAAUCCACUUUUUGUAAAUUUCUCCCAAAUGCUCAUUUUUCCAAAGGUAGAGUGUGUCAAACCUUCAUGUUCUUAGAAUCGAUUGUAGAAGGAUGAGGCGGAGGUGAGGUCAGGAGACCCGCCCAGGAGCGCGCAGACGUGCCGAAUGCCGAGGGAGGCGCUGUCUGCACGCUCUGUGUGCCCCUCGCUUCCCUCCCUCCAGGCCCCCAGAGGAGAAUUCACACAGCCACAGCGACUGUGCAGAGAACUUCAAGCAGCAGAUGCUGGAUAAGGAGGACAAACACCAGGUGCCCUUGGAGUCGGAUUCGGUGGAAUUCAACAACGCCAUCAGCUACGUGAACAAGAUUAAGACCCGCUUUCUGGACCACCCAGAGAUCUACAGGUCCUUCCUGGAGAUACUGCACACUUACCAGAAGGAGCAGCUGAGCACGAAGGGCCGGCCUUUCCGAGGCAUGUCUGAAGAGGAGGUGUUCACCGAGGUGGCCAACCUCUUCCGGGGCCAGGAGGACCUGCUCUCUGAGUUUGGACAGUUCCUGCCUGAAGCCAAGCGGUCCCUGUUCACAGGAAACGGGCCAUGCGAAGUGAACAGUGUCCAGAAGAGCGAGCACGAGAAGAAUCUGGAGCACAGCAAAAAGCGCUCUCGGCCCUCGCUCCUCCGUCCCGUGUCUGCACCAGCCAAGAAGAAAAUGAAGCUCCGUGGCACCAAAGACUUGUCCAUCGCCGCUGUGGGCAAGUAUGGGACUCUGCAGGAGUUCUCCUUCUUUGACAAGGUCCGCAGGGUGCUGAAGAGCCAGGAGGUCUAUGAGAACUUCCUGCGCUGCAUCGCACUCUUCAACCAGGAGCUCGUGUCUGGCUCUGAGCUCCUCCAGCUCGUCAGCCCAUUUCUAGGGAAAUUUCCAGAACUCUUUGCACAAUUCAAGUCCUUCCUGGGGGUGAAAGAGCUGUCAUUCGCCCCGCCCAUGAACGACAGAUCCGGGGAUGGAAUAAGCCGGGAAAUUGACUACGCAUCUUGCAAGCGCAUCGGAUCCAGCUACCGGGCGCUCCCCAAAACCUACCAGCAGCCCAAGUGCAGUGGAAGGACGGCUAUCUGCAAGGAGGUGCUGAAUGACACCUGGGUCUCCUUCCCCUCCUGGUCAGAGGACUCCACCUUUGUCAGCUCCAAGAAGACGCCCUACGAGGAGCAGCUGCACCGCUGUGAGGACGAGCGUUUUGAGUUAGACGUCGUCCUGGAGACCAACCUGGCCACGAUCCGGGUGUUGGAAAGCGUGCAGAAGAAGCUUUCUCGGAUGGCGCCGGAAGACCAGGAGAAGUUCCGGCUGGAUGACUGUCUGGGGGGCACGUCAGAGGUGAUCCAGCGCCGGGCCAUCCACCGUAUUUACGGCGACAAGGCUCCAGAGAUCAUCGAGAGCCUCAAGAAAAACCCCGUCACCGCCGUCCCUGUCGUCCUGAAAAGGCUGAAAGCCAAGGAGGAGGAGUGGCGGGAGGCCCAGCAGGGCUUCAACAAGAUCUGGCGGGAGCAGUACGAGAAGGCAUACCUCAAGUCCCUGGACCAUCAGGCCGUGAACUUCAAGCAGAACGAUACCAAGGCCCUUCGCUCCAAGAGUUUGCUCAACGAGAUCGAGAGCGUCUACGACGAGCACCAGGAGCAGCAUUCGGAGGGCCGCAGCGCCCCCUCUAGCGAGCCGCACCUCAUCUUCGUGUAUGAGGACAGGCAGAUCCUGGAGGACGCAGCCGCCCUCAUCAGCUACUACGUGAAGCGGCAGCCGGCCAUCCAGAAGGAGGACCAGGGCACGAUCCACCAGCUGGUGCACCAGUUCGUGCCCAGCCUCUUCUUCUCCCAGCAGCUGGAGCUGGGGGCCUCUGAGGACUCCGCUGAUGAGGGCCGGGGGAGCCCCCAGGGGCAGGGCGUGGAGCCUGGCGACCGAAAGAAGCCGGCCCCUGGGCCACAGAGCAGCCCCGUGGAGGAGAAGGGGCCCGCAGGCACAGCGCCGACCUUGGAGCAGCCGCCGCUGCAGCACAAGCCCCUGGACGACGUCUACAGCCUCUUCUUUGCCAACAACAACUGGUACUUUUUCCUGCGCCUCCACCAGACCCUGUGCUCCAGGCUCCUGAAGAUAUACCGCCAGGCGCAGAAGCAGCUCCUAGAGUAUCGGACCGAGAAGGAGAGGGAGAAACUGCUCUGCGAGGGCCGCCGGGAGAAGGGCAACGACCCUGCCAUGGAGCUGCGGCUGAAACAACCAAGUGAGGUGGAGCUGGAGGAGUACUACCCGGCCUUCCUAGACAUGGUGCGGAGCCUGCUGGAGGGCAGCAUCGACCCCACACAGUACGAGGACACCCUGCGCGAGAUGUUCACCAUCCACGCCUAUGUCGGCUUCACCAUGGACAAGCUGGUGCAGAGCAUCGCGCGGCAGCUGCACCACCUUGUGAGUGACGACGUCUGUCUGAAGGUGGUGGAGCUCUACCUAAAUGAGAAGAAGCGGGGUGCCACCGGCGGGAACCUGUCCUCUCGCUGUGUCCGGGCUGCCAGGGAGACCAGCUACCAGUGGAAGGCCGAGCGGUGCAUGGCUGAUGAGAACUGCUUCAAGGUGAUGUUCCUCCAGCGCAAAGGGCAGGUGAUCAUGACCAUCGAACUCUUGGACACCGAGGAGGCCCAGACGGAGGACCCCGUGGAGGUCCAGCACCUGGCUCGGUACGUGGAGCAGUAUGUGGGGACCGAGGGUGCGUCCAGCUCGCCCACCGAGGGCUUCCUCCUGAAGCCCGUGUUCCUGCAGAGGAACCUCAAGAAGUUCCGAAGGUGGCAGUGUGAGCAGGCGCGCGCCCUGCGCGGCGAGGCCAAGAGCUCCUGGAAGCGGCUGGUGGGUGUGGAGAGCGCCUGCAACGUGGACUGCCGCUUCCGGCUCAGCACGCACAAGAUGACCUUCAUCGUGAGCUCCGAGGACUACAUGUACCGCCGCGGGACCCUCUGCCGGGCCAAGCAGGUACAGCCCCUGGUCCUGCUGCGCCACCACCAGCACUUUGAGGAGUGGCACAGCCGCUGGCUGGAGGACAAUGUGACGGUGGAGGCGGCCAGCCUGGUACAGGACUGGCUGAUGGGCGAGGAGGACGAGGACAUGGUGCCCUGCAAGACGCUCUGCGAGACGGCACACGUGCAUGGCCUGCCUGUGACCCGCUACCGAGUGCAGUACAGCCGCCGCCCAGCCUCGCCCUGACGCCACCACCUGGGCAUCACGACACACAGCUCGGCACGGCCACUUCCUCGGCCUAGAUGUCCACCAGGGGCGUUUCCAUGAACAGCCUGAGGGGAGCAGAGCGUCUUCAGCACUGCUGCCAUGGGCUCGAGGCUAUGUUGGCCCGUGGCCUCACACUGCCAUCCCCCUCGGCUUUCUGAUUUCCUUUGGGCCCGUCCUGUGCCAAACCCAGACCCCCCUCUGCACUUGAACUCGGGGGGCUCGUUUCCUGCUGGAAAGCAGGGGGUCGACACGCUGGCCGAGCAACAAGCAACUGCAUUCACACACCUGCCAGGCAGCUUCCGACACACGCCAGAUCCCUGGGCAGGGCCGCCGCUGGUCCUUCUGCGCAUACAGGGUCUGGAACAGUCAGUGGUGAGCCAGGUGAGGACACACCAGGGAGGAGGCAGUGUUCAGAGCCCAACAUCAAAGAGGUCAGGCCCGGGAGGACCUGCUUGAAAAGCAUGUCUUUCCCAAGUGGUUCCAAGAGCUUCCGGAAACAUUUCCCAAGCUGGACAACCCCUGCAUGUGACGGUAGGGGCGUCGGCCUGGCCCGGCCGGUGCUCAGGGUCCUCUGUCACUUUGAAAGAGGGAAGAGCCCUUUCAGCCAGACUGUUGGGAUUCCGCUUUGAGUCAGACGUGGAGUUGGCAGGCAGCCCCGAACUGCCGGAAGACCCUGCUCUGGAAAGAGAGACCCCAGACCCCGGCUUGAUCUGGCAGCUGGACUCUGAGCCAACGCUCCUGCCAAGCUCGAGUGUCCCAUACUGCGAGGGCCCUGCGUGCGGUCUUGUACCUAAGAUGGACAUUCUAGAAGUACGUAUCUGCACACCCCACACGUAUUUAUUCCUUUACACUCUCUUAGUGGUUGUAACUUCUGCCACAGCCAAAUCCCGUGGCUUCCUGGGGGGUGAGAGCCCCCUUCAUGGAACUCCUCAUGCCCGCCUGAGGGCCAGGGAGGCUGUGGAUGUGAGGGGCCGAGGCAGCCAAGCUUUCUGUGCCAAGAAUGCCAAGGAAUUUGGGCUGGUGGCCAGCUCUUCAAACUUCUCGCACCAUGAGAACCCCUGGCCGGGCCCCUGGCACCAUCAGACUGAGAGCAGGAUCCACCAACAAAAACAGGUGGGCCCAGAGUAGUCCCCACGCUGCCACCUCUGCCUGGCCGCAGCCCUCAUCCUCCUGCAGCUGAGCUGUGCCAAGCAUGUGAUUCCGGGCAGUGGAGGCGUGUUUCUAGGAGUUACCUAUGGAACUCGAGGUCUGCGGAGCCUUUGACUCGGCCUGGGCAGUUCCAAGGCGGACGUGCCCUUCGGGGUCUGCUCGCCCGCGUUUUCUCAAGUGUAAUCCAGGCACUUUGUGCGCACCCUUGUUUUGUAAGAAGGGAAUUUAUCAUUGGAAUUCUCGAACCAGAUCCUGCCGGCAGCCAGCCACCCUUGGGAGCCCAUGGCCCCUUCUAUGCCUCCGCGUGGGCCUGGGGUGUAGCAAGCCCCCACCCUGCAUGCUUCUAGGGAGCAUCUCUUCUGUUUUUGCAGAAUUUACGUUCUGGGGCUUGUACUUCCUUUGCAGCUGUUUUGAAUGUAGUUUUCCUUUUCUAUUUAUUUGCACAUUCAAGUUAAAAAUUAAAUAUUGGCCUAAAGCUGUAGGGUUCCCUCAGUCAUUUCCUGUGAGAGAAUGGGGGGGCAGCCUCUCCCUGCCA